CACUUCACUCGUGCGCCACAGCUCGACAUCAGACCUUUCCCAAUUCACCCACACAGCCCCCCGGAACUCUGCUGCCUAGUCACGCCCUCGCAUACAAAUGGAUCCGGACCUGUAUCUCACACCGGUCAAGAUACGCGGGAAGAAACGCAAGAACAUCGCAAUACCAAUCGCUUCAGUAUUACCAACAACGUCGACGAUAGAAACAAGACCAGAAAAGCUGCUCCGCAAGAAACAAAAACGACUCCCAAAACGGAACAUCGCAGCCAUGCCCACGCUUCUCGGGCUGCCCCAGGAACUUCUGGAAAUUAUUUUUUUGGACUCUAUGAACAUUUCGCUCCCACGUGCCUCACCACAACUCGGCCGCAAACUCAGCUCCCGCGCAGUGACUCUGGAAUAUACCAUGCGAACCUUCUUCCACACAGUCGACCAUAGGACAAACUAUCGCGAUCGUAGGAAGGACGGAGAUCGACUGUUGCAGAGCCAGCUUCUUUCUUGCCGCUUCUUCACCUGGGACUUCUUUUUGAAGUAUGUGGACAAAAGUCACGAUGCUAUGAUUACUCUCCGAGGGAAAGCAUGGGAGAAGACGGGUGUUGAAGUCCCCGGUGUUCGACAAUUCGAUGGACUGUGGCCACUCAAGUUCACAGACAUCCCGUAUCUUGCGUUUGCAGAGGGUUUCUUUGUGCCGGAAAAGUUAUUGCAUGGACCAUGGGAUGAGGGGAAAGUGAAUCUGCUGUUUGUGCUCGCCAGUUUCAACGGGGAGAUUGACUGGAAAGGAAGCAUGGCUGGUGAAACGGCGAAGCAGGGGAUCAGGGAGGCCGUGGCACAGGGCAACGAGAGGGCUGUUGCAGCCUUGUCAACGCUGCUGGGUGUGCCCAAGCAGAUUGAUACAGGGCUGUUGAGGUAUGCUGUCCUGGACUGUGGUUGCAACAUCAACAUCAUGAGGCACCUGCUCUUCAAUGCACAGAUUCUGGCACAGAAUGUGCCGAAAGAGGUUCUAGACUUCCUUGACACUAGGCUGUGGGCUUGGGCAGAUGCCAAUGGCGAUACAGGAGACGUGCUGAAGGGCAUGCUGAGGAAAGCCGACGCAUUCGAUCUGGAGUUCUACUUCGAGAAAGACCAGGAUUGGACCAGAAUCGUGGCGUUUCCAUACAGUGGAAGCAAAUUCGACACACGGACAACAUUCGAUGUUAUGACAAGGGAGCUCCUGAUGAACCUUUAUUGGACGUACAACAUAACCGACGAAAUGGGUGACGCCAACAUCACAACGAGCGCCUGGAGGCUGGUCGAGGUCGGCCGUGUCGUCCUUUUCAACGAGGGUGUCUACGAGGGCCGCCUCGCCACCAUUGUCGAGAUCAUCGACCACAAGCGCGUUCUUGUCGAUGGUCCCACCAAGGAGGCUCCCGUCCCCCGCCAGCAAGUCGCCCUCGCCAAGCUGUCCCUUACCCCCAUCGUUAUCCCCAAGCUGCCCCGCGCCACCGGUGUCGGCCACGUCGCGAAGAAGUGGGAGGAGCACAAGGUCCAGCAGAAGUUCGAUGAGAGCGCCUGGGCCAAGAAGCGCGCUGCGCUCCAGAAGAGGAGGCAGUUGAACGACUUCGAGAGGUUCAAGGUCCUGAAGCUGAGGAAGCAGGCCCGCUACGAGGUCCAGAAGACCUUCGCCAAGAUCCGCGCCAGCGCAAAGGCAUAGACGGUCACGAUGAUGUCGGGAGACACGGCGUAGUGGAGGUCGCUGCAUGCAGAUGCUGGAGGAGGCAUGAUGUGCGUUUCUUAAGCAUCCCGGAGGCGACCUACGGCAUUCUAAAAUUCAAGACCUGGAUCGGGUGCAUUAUUUCAAUGAUUGGCACGGUGCAAUUCGGAUGGGAAGGUUAACACGGCUCCUGCAUGCAUCACAUGUAGCAAACGAGUCCAAUCCACAAGUUCAUGAACCACAAACCGCAACUAGAAUUGCAAAUGAUACCCAUUGAAAUUCACCAUCUUGACUACGUGAACCGCCCUCUGCUCUCCGAUUGCCGCUGAUCGCCGACUCCGCGGUCCCUGGAGAAAUCACGCCUGGCGAUGUCAUGGACACUCGCCUACUUUCCUUGCCUGCCGUCCAUGUGCUAGUUGACGGCAGGUGCGGUCUGCACACUCGCUUAUAGAUAUAGCGCACCCGUCUCAUUGGCUCAAGGCUGAAAGCGCC